CGGCGUUCGGUGCAGGCAGCCGCAGACCACCUGAGGUAACGCCGACCCCGCUCCCUGCCCGCGGGGCUCGGCGCUGGGGACGGGUCGCCCCCCGGGGCGCGGGGGAGAGCGGAGCCCGGCCGAGGGCAGGGGAAGCCCCCCGAGGCGCCGCGCGCGGGGCUCCAGGGCGUCCCGGGAAACCCGGGGCGCAGGACGCACGGUGCGCAGGCGUCCCGCGGCACUUUCCGAGCACGCAGGGGGUUAACUGGGACCCGCGGGGGCGGCGGAGAGCCGGGCGGCGCCCAGGAUCCGGCUCAGACGGCGCUCGCGGGCGUUAUUAACAAGGAGCGCAGGUGCCGGUGAGAACGCGCUCGCCGAAGGUAAGCCGAGGGUGGGACGCCCGGGACCAUCCGGCGCCGCCCGGUGCGCGCCGCUCCCCGAGCGCCCCUUUGGCGGCCGGGCCGGGCGAAGUCUGGGGCCUGGGGUUGGGGGAGCCCCCAGCCCGGCAGAGCCCCUGACCGACCGUGCGCCGCGCCCGCAGCCGAGCCCCGGAGCCAUGGCCUUGAGCGAGCUGGCACUGCUCCGCUGGCUGCAGGAGAGCCGUCACUCGCGGAAGCUUAUCCUGUUCAUCGUGUUCCUCGCGCUGCUGCUGGACAACAUGCUGCUCACCGUCGUGGUCCCCAUCAUCCCAAGUUACUUGUACAGCAUCGAGCAUGAGAAAGAUGCUAUAGAAAUCCAGACUGCCAAGCCAGUGCUCAAAGCCUCCACCUUCGGCAGCUUCCAGAACAUCUUCUCCUAUUAUGACAACUCCACCGUGGUCGCCGGCAAUAGCACCGGCAGCCUUCAGGGGGCGCUGCUGCAUGAGGCCACCACGCAGCGCACAGUGACUAACAGGUCCACUGCCCCUUCCGACUGUCCCAGUGAAGACAAAGACCUCCUGAAUGAGAACGUGCAGGUCGGCCUGUUGUUUGCCUCGAAAGCCACCGUCCAGCUCCUCACCAACCCAUUCAUAGGACUGUUGACCAACAGGAUCGGCUAUCCCAUUCCAAUGUUCACGGGAUUCUGCAUCAUGUUUAUCUCAACAGUUAUGUUCGCCUUCUCCCGCAGUUACGCCUUCCUGCUGAUCGCCAGGUCCCUGCAGGGCAUCGGUUCCUCCUGCUCUUCUGUAGCUGGGAUGGGCAUGCUGGCCAGCGUGUACACAGAUGACGAGGAGAGAGGCAAUGCCAUGGGGAUUGCCCUGGGAGGCCUGGCCAUGGGGGUCUUAGUGGGCCCCCCCUUUGGGAGUGUGCUGUACGAGUUUGUGGGGAAGACAGCUCCGUUCCUGGUGCUGGCUGCCCUGGUGCUCUUGGAUGGAGCUAUUCAGCUCUUCGUGCUCCAGCCAUCCCGGGUGCAGCCAGAGAGCCAGAAGGGGACGCCGCUAACCACCCUGCUGAAGGACCCGUACAUCCUCAUCGCCGCAGGGUCCAUCUGCUUUGCAAACAUGGGGAUUGCCAUGCUGGAGCCAGCCCUGCCCAUCUGGAUGAUGGAGACCAUGUGUUCCCACAAGUGGCAGCUGGGCGUUGCUUUCUUACCAGCUAGUAUUUCUUAUCUCAUUGGAACCAAUAUUUUUGGGAUCCUUGCGCACAAGAUGGGGAGGUGGCUUUGUGCUCUUCUAGGAAUGAUAAUUGUUGGAUUCAGCAUUUUAUGUAUUCCUCUUGCAAAAAACAUUUAUGGACUCAUAGCUCCCAACUUUGGAGUUGGUUUUGCAAUUGGCAUGGUGGAUUCGUCAAUGAUGCCCAUCAUGGGCUACCUGGUUGACCUGCGGCACGUGUCCGUCUAUGGGAGCGUGUAUGCCAUUGCCGAUGUAGCAUUUUGUAUGGGAUAUGCUAUAGGUCCUUCCGCUGGUGGGGCUAUCGCAAAGUCAAUUGGAUUUCCAUGGCUCAUGACAAUUAUUGGAAUAAUUGAUAUUCUUUUUGCUCCUCUCUGCUUUUUUCUCCGAAGUCCACCUGCCAAGGAAGAAAAAAUGGCUAUCCUCAUGGAUCACAACUGCCCCAUUAAAACAAAAAUGUAUACUCAGAAUAAUAUCCAGUCGUAUCCGAUAGGUGAGGAUGAAGAAUCUGAAAGUGACUGAGACCCUCAGAAGUCAUCCAAGUAUCUAAUUGUAUAAAACAGUGUUUCCAGUGAAAUGACUCAUCCAGAACUGUCUUAGUGAUACCACUCAUCCCUGGUGAAAGAGUAAAACAACCAAAGGUUUUCUUUUCCAUGGUUAUGAUCGAUUGCCAACAGCCUUAUAAAGAAAAAGCAGCUUUUCUAGGGGUUUGUAUAAAUAGUGUUGAAAACUUUAUUUUAUGUAUUUGAUUUUAUUAAAUAUUAUACAAUAUAUUUUGACGAAAUAGUGUAAAUCUAUAAAUAUUUGAAUCCAAAUCCAAUAUAAUUUUUUAACUUACAUUCACGAACACCUGGGCAAAAAAGUCUUAUAUAUUUUCUGAAUAUUGGUAAUGAGUGUUUAAAGCACGCAUUAUCUCCGAGACACUUCCAAUAAUGAGGAACUAGAAGGAAGUCUGAAAAACAGAAUCAAGUAAGAUGGCAUAUAUUAUAUAGUGACACUGAAUGUUGAGAUACUGAACUUGUAAUUACAGUUGACCUUGAACAACACAGGGUUUGGGGAUGCCGACAACCCAUGCAGUCGAAAACCUGCAUACAACUUUACAGCCAGCCCUUCGUAUCCAUGGUUUCAUAUCUCUGGAUUCAAUCAACCACAGACCAUGUAGUACUACAGUCUGUAUUUAUUGAAAAAAUUCUGCAUAUAAGUGGACCCGUGCAGUUCAAACCGUGUUGUUCAAGGGUCAACUGUACUGUCAGUAUAUUCAUGAGUUAAAAGCUAGUUUUCUCAGAUGCAGAAGACAAGAACUUGAGCCAGUCAUCUUUCGGAUUUAUCCAUGAAUCUCAGCAGGCAUUAGUUUUCUAUGUAAUCACCUACCUGGAAACAGAUGGUUGUAAAUUAUAUGUUUACAUGUCAUGUGGUUGGCAACAAACAUAAAAGCCAAUAAGGGUAAAAUAGUAAAUGUUCUGAAAGUAGAGAAAAGCACCCAAAAGUAUAGUUAUAAACAACUAGAAGCUUUCCCUUUCAGAUAUAUACUUGUCUUACCAGAUGACAGAAAAUUGAGGAUAGAUACACCUUACUUAUACUGUCAGGGUUGUUUAAGCAUGAUGAGAUAUAUCAACACCUAGCUCAGGUUUUAGAAAAGAAAUUUAAAAGGCUAAUAGCUGCUGUGAUGUGAAAAAAUCAGACUAUAAUUAUCUUUGAGCUGGAAGUCAUCCAAGUGUUUUCUAGGGAUCUACUAAUUUUGAGUUGUUUGAAACUAUUAUUUUUUUAGACUUCUGAACGUUGUUCACAUCAAUGUGAAAACAAAUUUUACAUGAAGAUGAAGAAGGAAUGAAAUUGUCUUGAAUAGUGUUAGGAAAACAGGUAAAAAUAAUGGGGUGGUCAGGGCACACCCCCUUUCACAGGCAGGAAAAAACCCAAACAUCUAAAAAUGUCUAUGUAAUACUGUAUCACCUAGUGCUGUGUGAUGUAGUUUUUCUAAGCAUGAUGACAUUGAUGUGCCUUUUCGAUGUGAUAGCAAGUACUGUGUUAGUGAACAUUGUUAGUUUACAUCGAGUUUUGUAUGAGAUAUGAAGAUAGUGUGGAAUGUCUCAAAUAACACUUGUUCAUUCUGUAGUUCUGUAAUCGUAAACAAAAACUACUUAAUGUCAGUUCUUUGUUAAGCUAAAAUUGUGCUCCUGUUAACUUGGAAGGACCCCUCAACCUUAUAAUUCUCUAAGAAAGUAGCUAAUACUUCCCAUUUUCUUUAUGAAGCUUUUUUUGUGGGGCUUUGAUCUGAAGUCUGGUUUUCAAGUGCAUGUGUUGGAAGCAAACAAGCGUCCUACUCGUGUUUGCGUUGGGCGACUUACACAAGGACUCUGCUUUGCUGGAGGCGCUUCUGUGGCUAAAGUAAAAAGGCAGGACUGCUCUCUACUUCCGGAGGGGAGAGCCUUAAAAAAGAACGUGCUGCAAAUCAAUUCUCUGGCGGGGUUUGUGGUUCUCCUCACUCCCAAUACCAUGUAACUUAUCCCUCUUUUAUUUUUGCCUGCAAGGUUUCAGUCUCUUCAAGAAUGACUGGCAGCCAUGUCUGCUGGUGAUCCCAAGAGAUCAUAUAAAAGAUACAUAUUUUUCAGAACUGUUUUGGGAGCAAAAGGUAUCAGUUGUAUCUGAAGGAGAAAAAAAUUGUAAGGUCUUUUAUAUGACCAGUAUUCUGGGAUUGGCAAGACUAUGGAAAGAAAAGCUUUUUUUUUUUUUUUUUAUGUGUGUAUCAGAACAAAGAACACACAGCUCUCUGAACAUUUAUUUUUUGAGCAGAGGUGUUUUUUAUGUUUGUACCUGGCAAAACAGAUACAAAAAGCUUAAUGAGGUAGUGAUGAAUAUUCAAUUCUUUCUUUUGACUGCUAAGUGUAUCCACCUACGUCAUGUUUUAGCUAGUUUACUUAAUAAAUCUUCUGAACACUA